AUGAGGGUGGUGGUGACGGGCGCGACGGGGUACCUGGGCGGGCGGCUGUGCGCGGCGCUGGCGGGGGCGGGGCACGACGUGCGGGCGUUCGUGCGGCGCACCGGCGACGCGUCCGGCCUGCCGGACGCCGUCGAGCUCGCCUACGGCGACGUCGGCGACGCCGGCUCCCUCGCCGCCGCCUUCGACGGGCGCGACGCCGUCUUCCACGCCGCCGCCUCCGUCGAGCCAUGGCUCCCCGACCCCUCCGUCUUCACCGCCGUACGUGUCAAUGUGAGAGGGCUUGAGAAUGUGUUAAAGGCGGCCAAGAGAACACCGACAGUAAAGAAGAUCAUAUACACGUCGUCCUUCUUCGCACUUGGCCCAACGGAUGGUUGUGUCGCAGAUGAGACACAGAUGCACAAAGGAAAAACAUUUUGCACGGAGUAUGAGAAAUCAAAGGUUCUUGCAGAUAGAAUCGCAUUGCAGGCAGCAGCAGAGGGGGUGCCAAUAACCAUUGUCUAUCCAGGAGUCAUCUAUGGUCCUGGAAAACUUACAACUGGAAACCUUGUUUCCCGCAUUUUAAUUGAAAGGUUCAAUGGCCGUCUACCUGGCUACAUUGGAGAUGGGUAUGAUAGAGAAUCAUUUUGCCAUGUCGACGAUGUUGUUAGUGGGCACAUUGCAGCUAUGGAGAAGGGCAGAGUGGGAGAAAGAUAUCUGCUCACCGGCGAAAACUUGUCAUUCAUGCAUAUUUUCAAUAUGGCUGCUAAUAUCACAAACACAAAGGCCCCGUACUUCCACGUACCACUCUGGCUGAUUGAAAUAUAUGGCUGGAUUUCAGUUUUCAUUGCUCGAAUCACUGGAAAGCUCCCUCUUAUCAGUUACCCCACGGUUCGUGUUAUUAGACAUCAAUGGGCGUAUUCAUGUGACAAAGCAAAGAGGGAACUGGGCUACAAUCCAAGAAACUUGACUGAAGGUCUAGCUGAGAUGCUUUUAUGGCUGAAGAACGAGAAACUGAUCAAAUUUUAG